AUGUACUGCCAACGACUUUCGACCUCUGCAGUUCGUAUUUCGAUGCUGCCAGUUUUGCUUCGUUCAAAUAACGGAGUAUUAGUUCGUAGUUUGCAAACGUCUUCAGUGCAUCGCGACAUUGAUAGUGCAGCAAAGUAUGUUGGAGCUGGUGCUGCAACAGUUGGUGUAGCAGGUUCUGGUGCUGGUAUCGGCAACGUUUUCGGUUCUCUUGUUAUCGGUUACGCUCGAAAUCCAUCCGCGAAAAACCAGCUCUUUUCGUACGCAAUCCUUGGCUUUGCUCUUUCUGAGGCUAUGGGCCUUUUUUGCCUUUGUAUGGGUUUCUGUAUUUUGUUCGCAUUUUAA